CAAGACUCGCGCGACGUGUUUAAUGUCAAGCCCACUGACACGCACAGGGGAGGGCAUGAAAGGACUACAAGGACUUAUUGCAUUAAGACAUGUAGCUCUAUAGAUGAAAAAGCAUGCGGAAAAUGGGUGCAGUCAUCGACACAAAAGACCCCCGGCUGCUCGGCGUCACCCCCAUCUUCCUUUAAACGCGAGCACCCCACCCCCCCAGCACGGCCCCCCCUCGCCCUGACCGAGAUGCAUUGUGGGGGAAGUCGUUGCCAUUCGACCUCUGCAGGGCCUGCGCGGACGCAGACAGAACCCUGAAAUUCAUUAUGCCUUUAAAACCCCUAUUUAUUUCCGCAUAACCUACAUACUCUUACCAGGAGGCCGGAGCGGAAAAAAACAGGUCAUUUCAUGCGGAAUACUUGAUAUUAAAGAGCGGAGGACCUUUGGCGUAAUCGGAUUUAGCCGAUUAGGAUUUUUGUCGUUGAGAAAGUAUAGAUUGUAAUUUAUUUUAAGAAAAUGUCCGGAGAGCGAAACCGCAGGUCGCUGGCUUUCCGAGGAGGUGGCGCAGCCGUCACCGGCGCGAGCGCUGUCGGAGUUGCCAGCAACGGGAACAGCUGUGAGGGCCCGGCCUGUCAAGAGCGACAUUUGAACGGGAACAAGCCACAGGAUAAAGAGGAGGAUAGGGAUUUAGGGGCGAAAGGACCAUCGCUGGGGAAAGCGGAGGGUGAGGGGUCCGUGAGCGACAGCACGGAGCCGGAGGCAGAGGAGGACGAGGACCCGGAAGGGGGCACUUGGACAGCGGAGAAAGAUCACGAAAAAAGCGCUUUAAACAACGUAAUGGUUCAAAACGAAAGAUCCAAAGGUGCGUGUAGGCGGACGACUGGCAACGGCGUGAACAGCGCCGGAGCGGAGGACGGUAAGCGGGAAGAGGACGCGGGCGCUAGGAAGCCUUUGGUGGAGAUGAGACCUCAGACGCUGCUGCAGAAACACUCGCUCUUCCAAGCCUCCUGGCUGCAGGAGUUUCCCUGGCUCAAAUUUUGCCAGGAGACGGGACUGAUGUCUUGCUCGUGGUGCCAUAACAUCGCCACCACCAACAACAACAGCAGCGACGAGUUGGUAAAAGGCAGCCGGAAUUAUAAACGGGCCUUGCUGCUGAGACAUCACCUGUCCUCGGAGCACGGCAGGAAUGACCCGACCAAACAGGAGAUGGAAAGGCCGGAGGACGCGGAGAGCCCGGAGGUGGAGGACUACAGGAACAAGCCCAAUGAAAACUCCUACUGCUACCAGCUGCUGCAAGAGCUGGACAAACAGCGCAAGAGCGGCAUCCUGUGCGACGUCAACAUCGUGGUGAGCGGUCAGGUGUUCAGGGCGCACAAGAACAUCCUGGUCGCCGGGAGCCGCUACUUCAAGACCCUUUACUGCCUGACGAAGAGCGAAAGCUGUGACCAAACAACCAUCACGCAUCUGGACGUGGCGGCCGUGCAGGGCUUCUCCGUUAUCCUCGACUUUCUCUACUCCGGAAACCUUCUGCUCACCAGCCAGAACGCCAUCGAGGUGAUGUCCGUGGCGAGUUACCUCCAGAUGACCGAGGUGGUCCAGUCCUGUCGCGCCUUCAUCAAAGACGCCCUCAACAUUAGCAUCAAGCAGGAAGCCCCCGACUCCGUGGUGGUGGAUUACAAUAAGCGGCGGACGGUGGCGAAAGACUGUCAGGGUGCCGACAAGAAGCCGAGCAACUUUUGGGCCACCAGCAUCCUGUCCAAGUUGUCCAUCAAGGCUAGUGGGCAGGUGAAGGAUGAACCGAGCGACGUGGAGGUGUCGGGGGGCGAGGGCUGCGGCUGGGGUGGAGAAAACUCCUCGGAGUCCACAGAGAUGGAUCCACAGGGACCGGGGCCGGUGUUCGUCUGGAACGAGCCGGAUCGAGGCGCUGGGGCCGGCGUCAAGAGGGAGGCACGUCCGGAGCCGGGCAGCGGCAGGCGGAAAAAGCAGACCGCGAGACGUUUCGUCUACAACAUCCCACCCGAGCCGGAAGAGGGUUUCGACGAGGGCAUGUUUAUCCAGCCGUCUGCCUCCUACACCAGAGAGGACUACUCUUACCUCUCGGAGAAUGCCGGUGAAGCAUCUGAAAACGCCAUAAAUAAGCUGAAAUGUCCUCACUGUAACUACAUUGCCAAGCACCGACGAACACUAAAGAGACACCUGAUCAUUCAUUCGGGCGUCCGGUCCUUCAGCUGUGAUAUCUGUGGGAAGCUGUUCACUCGCAGAGAGCACGUCAAGAGACAUUCCCUGGUGCAUAAAAAGGAUAAGAAAUACAAGUGCAUGGUUUGUAAGAAGAUCUUCAUGCUGGCGGCGAGCGUUGGCAUACGCCACGGCUCGCGGCGCUACGGCGUGUGCGUGGACUGCGCCGACUCCCACCAGGGUUCGCAGGAGGGACUCGAAGGCAUGCAGGACCUGGAGUUCUCCCGCGACGAGGAUUUCGAGGAGACGGGAGAUGGAGACGAGGACAUGGAGGGGGAGGAGCCUAACGAGAUUGACCAAUCUAACUGCGCGGGUGAUGCGGGCGGCACCCCCGAGCAGGACUAACUUAAACCUAACCCGGUAGAAAAACGAAUCAAAAUGCAAAGAAAAAAAAACUAGCUGGGAAACAAUCAACGAUUCCAAAGUGCUAUCGAACCUCUUUGUUGCACGUGAAGUUAUGUCAAAGAUUUCUAUAGCUUUGUUAGAGAGGGACUCCAAUAUUUAAAGAUUGUUUUAUCUGUCAGAGUCUGGGCCCAGUGCCUGUCAGAGGGAGAGGUAUAAUGAUAUAUAUAUAAAUAUAUAUAUAAAACUAAAAAUCAGGUUUUUCUGUGAUGUAUUUGUUUCUUUUGUAGGGGACGAGGGUGUACAGCAUUUUUGAGCAUUAUGAUAGGCCAAUCGUAUGAAAAGAAUUAUUAAUUAUUUAAUUUAUGAAGAAAGAUAUUAUGGUCUUACGCAAUGAUAGAAUUAGAUUUUUUUGUACGUCUUCUUAUCUUGUUUUUAACUGCGCUUCCUGACAGAUUCGAUCGUAUAUUGCUUAGAGGAGUAGAAGAAGAAGCAUUAUAGAAAUUCCACCUACAGGAAGAGUUGUCGUGUUUCCUUUCUAGUUGUAUGUUGUCAUGAAAUACAUCUAUAAUACAUAUUUUCCUUUACCCUGCACGGAUCUUGGAACCAAAAAUCUGUUUUGUGACUCUAAUUGACCACAGCCAUAUUUAUGAUUAAGUUAUACGGGCUGUUAGAUCGUGCCAAGCAGAAUGCACACCAAGAUUUUGCAGGACACAAACUACUGAAAAUGCUGCGAGAACGUAAAGCAGAGAAAUAUGGAGAAAAAAAUCGAAAAAGAUAAAAUAUAAGGGGAAUAUAUAUACAUAUAUAUUAUCGCUAGCUUUAUUUGAAUCACAGCAUCACAGUAACACUUUAUAAAGCAUUUUGACAUUCACUUAAAGCUUGAAUUUUGCCAAAUGAUGGAAACGUUUGGUGCUGUAACGCUUUUGUUUUAUAUUAUUUUUUAAAUACUGGACCUACAAGCUGUAUAUGAUGUUAAUAAUGGUUAAGCCUACUCAAAACUCAGUUAUACUAAUCAGCUUUGUAUUUUACACUGUUGUGCUAAGGAGCCUAUCAGGUAUGCUUUUCCGUUUAUAAAGUCUUUUCUAUUAAAUGCACACGCACACACACACACACAUCAUGUUUGUUGUUUAAACUACUGGCAGUACUUGUAUAGAUGGACUGACCUGAUGUUCUUGAGCGUUAGUGGUUAGUGGUACUGAGCAUACUUGUAAUCACUUGAAUGACCUGUGUAACGUUUUAUUGAAGAAUGCAGACGAUCGAGAUGGAAAAUUGUUCCCCCGAAACAUUCUUUUGAUUUAGUUGAAGAGAUUAUUUAGACUUUUGUCUCGUGUCUGCUGAGUGAAAACACUUUGCUUGUGCUAGCGUAGAGCAGAAGGUCUAUGUAAAAAACACAUAGACAGGCACUUACUGCUCUCACCUCAUUUAUUUCUUAUUUCCCCAAAGCCGGUCUGGAUGGAAAUAACUUUAAACUGUUAUGUUUUAUUCCAUACGGAACUUUUUAUUUUAUUUUAUUUUGACAUUUCAUUAUUUAAUGUUAUAUAUGUAUUGACUCCAAAAUGCAAUCAAGACUGUUAAUUUCUAUUUGUCCUACCAAAAUCGUUGUUUUUAAUUGUUCAAAGAUUAUGUUGUAUAAGAUAAAGCAGGUAAAAUAUUUAGCGUAGAUCCUUGCUCUCGUGUAUGUUGUCAGAUUUAAAUGUCUUUAUUCUAAAAAAAACCCCAAUCAUCCACUUUAACCCUUAGAU